UUCGAGAACCCGUUUAUAAUUUGCCCGUGUCAUGGGCGUCCAUCAAUCACUCGAGCAUACAAUAGAAACUAUUCAGGCGCGGGCGAAUAGAAAGCGAUACGAAAUGUAAAAUUAAAAAAAACUGAAAUGAGAGAGGCAUCUGGGGAGAUGUUUGGUCAAAACAGGUAUUUGCUAUGUUUAAUGGGUUUUUAGUUUCCUAUAGUUUAUUCAGUUAGUAACUAUUUUUAGUAAGUCUUAAAAGAGCUAGAAGAGUCGUAACACAUGAUAUUUAAAACAAAUCAAAUUUCACACUUCCAAUUUCGCUCGCCAUUUUAUGGGUAUUAAUUAAAAGGGCGUGUGCCAUAAACCGUGAAGUUUAAAAUGUCCGAUAACGCAAUCCCCUUGAAAACAUAAUCUGUGGAGUGAAGGAGCUUUGAGUGCCUACAGUGAACGUGACGCAAUCGAAUUGAAUAUUAUCAAUUACGCGACUUGCAUUUGAUUUCCUUAGUCAUUGCCAAGAUCGCGCUGAAUCAAGAUCGCUGAAUGCAAAUACUCGUAUAUAAACAAAUAUAUACAGACGAUCGCACACAUGCCAGGCUUUUGUUUAUCAAUAAGCCGAAAUAAUAAAACUACGACGCGCCAGUUUGCCAGCCAGUUGGUGGCUUGGUUAUUCAUCUAUUGCCGGCUCGGGUUCGCUAUUUGUUUUCCCAGCGAGUACUAUAUAUAACCGGUUUAAAGUGUUUUUACAGAUUUUAGUUGGACAAGUGGGGCUCAGGCUAAGGCGACUUAUAUGGGGGCCUCUCGAAAUCAGCGAGGAGCACAUGUCGGUCUUAUCUAACGUGUAAUUUAUGGGCAGCUAGCACGGUGGUUUCGGUGGUCGCCCCACAAUUACUGCUAACUGCCAAGCCAAAUAACACACAAUUAUAUCUAACUAUCUAUAUAGAUUGUAGUACUAUGAUAUGGGGUUUUGCCGAAAAAAUACCUGGCCCGAAAAUGAGAAGAGUGCUAAUUCCCUGCUUUUGAAAAUCUCAAUCUCUGAGCUCAUGCAAAUAUACACCGUAAAUUGCAACGUCAAUCAAUAAUCUGGGCUUCUGCUGCGCACAUUGUUGACUCGCCUCGAAUCGCGCUGUUCAGUUGCGCAAAGUGAACCUAACUCAGCUCCCUGUGAUGCACCUGUCGCCCGGGCAACUGAAAGUGGUGCUCAUUUUGGCCCUGCUGCAGGAGCUGCAGGUGAAGCCGCAGCGGGAGGUGUUCCAGGAGCUCUUCGAGAAGGAUCUGCGCUUGUGUCCAGACUGUUUCUUCGGACAAAGUGAGAUGUGUGGGGAAAUCUUUCAGAGAAUUGCAGAGCCCUCGGAUUGGAGUAAACUUUGGAAAGCCAUUUCCUUGCUCGUUGAUCGUCGAGCGAUUCAUUUCCUAAGUCUUAAAAACCAGAAUCAGGUGGUGGCCAAGAGAAAGAUCAUUGAUGCGCAGAUCGAUCAGAUCAAAAAUGUGAAGAAAGCAUUCUUCGAACUAGAGGAGCGACCUGGUGGCUUCCAUCUCUGCCGAACUCCGGCAAGGAAACCCCGCUUCGUUUCGUACUUGGAGCAGCGUGGACAUGCCUCCGCCAGUGUGUGGUUCUACAUGAUGCACUACGUCAGUCCGCUGCUCAUGAAGGAACUGUAUCUGCAAGGCUUUCCAGUGCCUACCACCUACGCCUCCUGCGGUCUCACACAUUUCCAAUCCUACGCAGGACGUACGUUGCCUAAUUACUUCGAAGCCGAAGAAGGUCUGCGUGUGGAGCUGGCUCUCCAGUUGAUCCAGCUCUCGCUCAAGCUGACUUUUGGCUUCUCGGACUUUCGCAUUAUUUUAACCGAUUUCACCGGCGAUAAUUUCGCUUACGACGAACAUACCAAAAAGGUGUACCUCAUUGAUUUGGACUCCGUGGUACUGGUGGACGCUUCAACCACAACAGGACAAGCCGAAAAAUACGAGCCUCUGCCCGGCGAGGGAUUUACAUUCGAUGUCUCGGCUUUUUGCUCCGGCCACCAGCUGGAUGCCAAUAUCUACCAGGCGUGCCUUUUGCUAAGGGAUUACUUGCUUAAGAAUCUGGACAACGAAAGGCUGCAGCUGCUCCUGGAGCAGUGUGUGGCAUGCCAAGAUGACUUCUGUGAUAUGCGUUUCCAACAUGCUUACGACCUAAUAAAAGAGCUCGAUAGCAAAAAUUAGAGCCAAUCGUUGGAGAUCCACUAGUAAAUAAUCGUUUAUAAUCAUAAAACAUA